AUGUUUUCAGGAGAGUGGAGCUCUGAUCUUCCGACUGUUCUUCCUAUUCGCACCAAGCGACUAGACAUCUUCCCGAAGGACAUCCAGAAGCAAGUUUCUGAAACAAAGAGGAUGGGAACUCUUCCUGAUUUGAGCGCGAUAUUAGCCGCCCAGCUGGGACUGACCAGCGGGGAAGGACCCUCGACGGCGGUUCCUCGCACUGGUGAGGUUCCCCCUUCUGGUGCUAGAAACGCGGGGAAGGGUAAAAAAAGGAAGAGGGGCGGCUCGAGAGUCGAGGGGAGCGCCGAGGAGGCGAGCGACGUUCCUCCUUCUGACGAGCCCCAGAAGAAGAAGAAGAAGAAGAAGAAGAAGAAGAGGACAAAGAAGCCCGUUGACGAGCAGUCGGAGAAUCCCGAAGAACCGACUGAGAUUGAGGGGGGUGAUGUUCAAGAAGAAGAACUUCAACCCGAAGAGGAGGCUUCUGAGGCUGAAAUCUCGGGAGAACGGAACGAUGAGGAGGAAGUUGGUGAAGGGGAGGAAGCUGAAACUUCUCUUAAUGCCGCAUGUCCGGACGGUUCUGAAGAAGACAGCGGAGAGUCGCCGCUUUUGAUCAGGAGGCGUAACGAUGAGGUUGGCGACGAGGAGCGAUCUCCUAUUCUGGCGUCUUCUCGCGAGGGAACUCUGGGACCGGCCCCUCUAGUGUACGUUCCCGAGAAGUGCGGAGAGUUCCUUCGCCAACUAAGGGGGAGGGUGAAACAUUUGCCCGCUGUGAAGGACCUCAUCUUCGGGAGUGAAUAUGAGGAAGCUGCGAGGGCCAAGCUGCUGGGGGAUAGCGCGACGAACGUCGUGAUUGAUAAGCACGACACUGCCGUGAAGGGAGCUUUGGGCAAACUCGAGCUGGCUAAGAAGGAGCACGCGGAGAGAGAGGAAGCUUCUGCUCGCCAGCUGAAUGCAUCGAGGGCUGACGUCGAGAGGCUUAACGGGAUGGUUAUUCGCAUUAUUGCUCGAAGAGACGAGCUCAAAGCCGAGUUGGAGGCAUCCCGAAAAGUCGUCCGUGAGCUUGAGCGGAAGAACGCCGAGCUUGAGAGCGAGAUGGUUUCGCUCGCUGCGUCUCAUGAAAGAGAGAUGAGGCGCCUUAGAGAUUCCAGAAUCCUGGAAGUGACGAGGGAAAGAGGAAGAGUUGAGGCCGAGUUGGCCGCAAAAGCUAAUCGUCGCUUCGCUAAGAUUCGUUCCCGAGAAGAGCGACGAGGUCCCUACGAGGAGGCCCGGUUGCUUCAUAGCCAAGCCUUCGGAACCAGGAAAUGCCUUGAGGCCUUAAAGAGGGCUGGGAGCGAUAUCUCGCAAGCCACUAUCGAGAUAUUCGCCGAGCAAGAAAAGAAAUACGAGCAGGAAGCCGAGAAGCUCAAGGUGGGCGAGAUACCCGAGGGAGAUCUCACACUUUCUCCUCUUGUAUUAGACUCUCAGUUUGUGGAUGCUCGAAUCUUGGCGAGUCUCGAUCCGUACGGGUCCAACGCCGGCUUGAUCGAUCCGGAGACUGCAGCGAGUCUUCACGUUCCGCCUACUCAUCCGACUGAAGAGCGACGUGAAGACCCGACGCCUCUUCUUGAAGGUCCUUUGGCUGAUCCAGAGAUCGUCCCGAGAUCAGACGAAGUGCAUGUUUCUCCGGCUGCUCGUGAGUCGAGCGUCAGGGCUUCGGAGCUCUCCGCCCUCAACGAUCGUGAAAGCGACUGGGAGGACUAG